UGUGAAUUUAUUACAGUUAACCUUGUCGACUAUUUUCUUUUAAAAGAGCUACCCAGGGGUUAAAUUGAUAUAUUGUGGGUUAAACGCCUUACCAGAGGUGGAUAUAUUGUGAGAGACUAGUAGGGUAGUAUUUUAGGUAGAGAAAUAAAUACUGUUCAGCUUUAUUGUAAUGUGAAAUUUGAUACAGGUGAUUUCAAAAUGUCAAUGGCCAUGUUAGUUGUAAUUGCGACUCGAUUCGUUCCGAGUGAUUCUGCACGACUUUGAUUUUUGUCACCGAAUACGUGAGUUGGAAUAAAUGGAAGUUAAAUCGUGUUAAGGAUAACUAUGACUGUUUACUUAUUAUUCUUCUACUUACUGUGUGUCAUUCCUGUUGCUUAUGGACAAGCAGUAUAUGGAUGUCCCCUGGGAUGGGCCCAAUACAGCGGAAACUGCUACCAGUUCAACUUCCUCGAACAGCGAGCAUUCCUAGAGGCCGAUGCAGCAUGCUGGUCGCAAGGAGCCAAACUGGUUUCAAUAGAAACAGCCGACGAGAACCACUUUUUGUCUACCUGGAUACGGCAAAACUCCCCGUCAAGCAUCAACUAUUGGUACACAUCUGGUAUGCACAUGAAUGGCAUACUACUGUGGGAGGCAAUAAACAGCAUACACUCCGGCGUCUCCAUGUGGAUUAACGACCGGGCACCUCCAUUUCAAAAUACUGUGUAUCGCGUGGUCCUCAUUAAGAAUAGAGAUAACGUGUAUAAGUGGACAAACGUCACUGCAAGUCAUCCGGGGAGUUACAUCUGCGAGGUUCAACUGGAGAACGCGCCAAACAGCAACCUACAGGAUAGGGACUUUACGUACGGUAUGGGACGGACAGACAUACGGACGAUCCAUAAAGGACCAGUGAUUAUUAAGCAGCCUACGAAUAUUGUGAUGUUCCCUGAUGUAGAUAACGUCCAGUUCGAGUGUCUGGUGGAGGCAAACCCUCUCCCCAGCUAUCAAUACUACGGGGGCGAUACGCUCAGCUUCGAUAAUAACACGCUGAUCACUUCUGCAGUGAGCAGUCGCUAUACACUUACAGCGGGAAAACUCACCAUAGAAAAGCCAGACCAGACGGAGGAUAACACGUACUAUCACGUCAGGGUAUCAAACGAAAAAGGAACUGUUCUUAGCACUCCAGCACAAUUGAUUUUUGGACAUCUGGGUUUCUUCUCAAAUGUCAAACCAGACAGUGUGUUUGCAGACCUGUUUAAGGGAACUCAAAUCGCCUGUAACCCACCCUCGUAUUCUCCAAUGGUGACGUACUCUUGGUUCAUCAACGCCAUAGGCGACAUACCUGUGUGGGAUAACAUGCAGAACCAGUUUGUCUCCCAGACCGGCAAACUCUUCAUCUCUUCCGUUCAGCCCACUGAGGUGAACAGGGAUUACUUCUGUACAGUAACGCUCACGGGCACAGACGAUGCACCCCUGGGUAACGCCAACAUGAUCGCACGUACCAGCCUCGCAUAUCGGCUAGCUUCACAGGGAUCCGGCGUAUCGGACAAUGAUUAUGGGCCGAUUCUCUACACCAACGUGAUGCCAAGUCCGACUCUCACCGGAAACACUGUCAGAAUGGAAUGUAUCGCCUACGGGAAGCUGCCUCUGGAAUACUCGUGGUAUCGCGAAGAUGGUCGCCCCUUCUCACUAGGCACUACUCUCUCGGACAGGAACCGCGUGCUCACCAUCCGGAACACUCCUAUUGAUGCUGAGGGGCGAUACGUCUGUCGCUGUGUGGGCGGAAGUAAGACGGUGAAGAAGACAGUCAUCACACUUUCCCUAGACUCAAAGCCAUAUUUUCCGUUCGGCAUCAACAAUCAGUUUGCUGACCCUGGGAUGACCUUGAGUUGGUUCUGCAAGGCUGUAGGGAAACCCAAACCUACCUACAGUUGGUACAGGAAUGGCAUACUGCUGCAACCCCAGUCGGGCAGGAUUGAGAUUCUUGACAGUGGAAUGAGGUUGGUUAUCCGGGACGUGGAUAGUCCGGACGAGGGCAUGUACCAAUGUGGCGCUACUAACUACUACGGGACCGUCUUUAGUUCAGGAGAGCUCAAGGUCCUCUCGUUAACUCCCAACUUUGACAGGAGCCCUAUGCCUGCCGUAUCGUACGCCGCCCUGAAUGGAAACAAGACCAUUGCGUGUGGCGUUGAAGCAGCGCCGCUACCUCAGGUGAAAUGGCUCAAGAAUGGCGGUGAUCUGGGGCUUUCUCCUAGCGUUGAUCAAUUUAACCGGAUAUGGAUGGACGCAGCGUAUACUCUCCAUAUUAACGGGGUCGCGGCGGCGGACGCGGGAACAUACACCUGCUCUGCAACCAACAUCAAUGGGGACGCCAACAACCAUACUCGUCUGGUUGUGACAGAGGGAGCCAAGAUCACGCCGUCUAAACGGGAAGUUUACGUCACCGUCAAUAGAACGGCGUUUAUUGGCUGUCAGGCUAACGUUGACGUCACGUAUGAUGUCGCCUACAUAUGGAAGUUUAACGGACACCUGAUUAACUUCAAUGUUUCCAAGGAAUACCUCUUGGGUAAUCAACAGAGUAUGAACGGCUUGUACAUUAUAUCAGCCAAGUUUUGGAACGAGGGCGAGUAUGAAUGUGUAGUGACCACGCCCCUUAACACCGUGUCCGCUGCCACCUCACUUAUUGUUAGCGGUCCACCUGGCCCACCUGCGGGCGCUUACGCGGAGACUGGCACUAUAACGACCCGCUCCGCUGUCAUUGUAUGGACAGUUACGGCGGGCAUGGAACACCACAGUGAUAUCAUCGCCUUCGACAUAGAGGCGGCCUCGCAGUAUCAUCCGGACGCAUGGAAAGUUGUCGCCCAAGAUAUUGUACGAGGCAUGGCGGUUAAACUAGCGGCCGACAUAGGAAAACGAGCGGACCAGUGUGCAUACAAUGUUUCCGGCCUCAUACCAUUCACCAACUACCGGUUCCGGGUCCGAGCCGUCAAUGUGUUCGGCCGAGGACAGGAGGCCAGUGAACCCUCAGCCAAUGUACACAUGAACUCAAUGCGGCCGGUCGUGCCACCCUCAUAUGUACGCGGUGGUGGAGGGACCGUUGGAGUGCUUACUAUACGCUGGCAGCCUAUUGACAUCGCCGAACAGUGCGGCCCAGGAUUUGGCUACAAUAUCUACUGGAAAACUAAGGGAGAUAACCGGGACUGGAGGCAUGACAAUCGAUCUGACGCCGUCACCGUGAACCAGGGAGUGUACGUGACCAUAGUGGGACUUGAAAACUACUACCUUCCCUAUAUGGUGAAAAUUGGGGCCUUCAACAUACUUGGGAGCGGACCGAACUCCACGGAGGUCCAAAUAUACUCCGCAGAAGCAAUGCCACAGAUAGUUCCCCUGUCGGGUGAUGCGCAGACGCACAAUAGUACGAGCAUCAUCGCGUACUGGACACCAGUCCCUGACACGCGAGAGGCUGUUGGCGGAAAGGUUGCAGGAUACAGGGUGUAUUAUUACGCCAACCUGUACGGGGACACUCCUUUCGACCAGUCAGAACCAGACCCGAUUAUAAACGACAUCUUAUACAAGGACGUGUACGGACAGACGGAUCACGUGCAGCUGGUUGGGCUGGAACCCAACGCGGAGUUCUUCACGCGGGUACAGGUGUUUAACGGGGCUGGCUUUGGUCCAAAAGGGGAAUGGAGAAGAUCAGAGACGGCUAACAUGUUUCUGAGGAAUUUUCCAAUCCACGUAAAGGUUGAUCAGAACGGUCCCUAUAGUAUUUACGUCACGUGGCAGGGGGUGGUGGAGAACUACGACGAAUGUUCGGUUGAAGGCUACCUGGUACGUGUAUGGAAAAUCCAGGAGGACGUUCGGACAGCUGUAGACACCAAGACAUACAUGGAGGAGCAUGCAAUAGUGAGCGGCCUUCAGCAAAACACGGUCUACUCACUGAGGGUGCUGGGAUGGAGCGCCGCCGGCGACGGAGCCAUCAGCGAGGCCAGAUACUUUAUGCUCACAAACUUCACCUACCAUGUUUCGAUCGCUAUCGACCCGUCCAUAUCGGAGAUGUGUUACAGCAAUUAUCACACAAGAACUUGCGGUGGGCAAUCCGUCCUGCUCAACCCCCUCACGUUCAUACCAGUUCUUGUAAUCACGCUUAUGACAUUGUUUGAAUUGAUUAAAAAUAAUUUACAUUAAUAAUAGUUGCCAUCUUGUAAUAUAAACAUUAUUUUACAAUGAAUAUACCGGCAGUAUUGUUACAUAAGAUCGACUCGCUCGCAGAUUGUUUAAUGCAUUGUUGACAUUGGCUAUUUUACUUCCUUUUACGCACAAACACCAGUCCACAACCAGCAGAUACCAAUUUGAACAUAUGUUUUAAAAUCAAACGCUUUUCGACAAAAAAUGACCAUUUUCUGUCUCAACUAAAACUAACUAUUAACCCUGGGGCUCUUAUGUGGGGACGUUUGAUGAUAUUUUAUCAUUGAUACAAGCAUUUGGUUCACACUCCAUAUGUAAUUUUAAUAAAUAACGAACAGUUUUCGGCAAAAAAACAUCUGUGGUCUCAUUUUAAAAUAAUAAGGUACAACAAAAGUCUGGUGAUAAAUUUUAUUUUCAUUAAUUCAGGCGGUUUGUUCGCAUUCCACGCAACAUUUAAAUCAUUUACUAACCCUAUUUUCGGCAAAAUAGAGAAUUGUACUGCUCAUGUUAAAACAAUUAUUAAAGAUAUUGUUUUUAUUUUAUUUUUAUCGUUGAUUCAGGGAUUAAGCUCACAAUUCAUACGACAUUUUUUUUAUAUUUUAUAUUGAGGUGGGUGGUUCAGAGUUUAUUUCUAUUCUCGCACUCGGGCAGGGCCCAUUCAUCGAUUCUUUCGAUGAUGUUGUUACUUGCAAGGUUUUUGGAGCAAAGUGCACAAACUGAAUGUAAGACCCUGGGUCUUUAACGUAUCUCAGUGUAUGGCACAAUGUAAAAUACUGUCUCACGGGACCCCCAUUUAACGUACUUCUUGACAGACGGUUAGUAUUUUAAGUGGUGAGGCUGGGUAUCGAACCUGCUACCCCUGGAUUGCCAGUCAAGUGUGUUUUCAAUAGGCUGAUCCACCACAAGCAAUACACUUUGCAGAGCCGCUGUAAUGAAUGAUGCUCUUGUAAAAUUGUGCUUUUUCGCACUGUAAUUUAAAUCAAAGUAAACUUUGUUAAACAAAUAAGUAUGGUAGUUACCUAUGAUUUGUUUAAGAUAGUGAGUUAUUUAUGAUUUGGUUAAUAGUCGUAUAUGGUAUUGUUCGAUGACAUUGUUUUGAGGCAUAUUAUGUAGAAAUAAGCAUCGGGGGAGGGGGGGGGGGCUUAGAUGAAGCUGAACAGCUGGACCAAUCUUCAGAAAAUUUACACUCACUAUAUAGAACCUUGUGGCCACAUUGUUUUAAUUUCACCGUUAACAUACCGACAUCAGUUCAAGCGGAUACCCCUGUUUGCAAAAUCAGUAAAAAACAUUAAAUGUAUAAUAACAAAUUGCUAUGUCCGAGCCAUAAAGUCAAUAUUUUAAUACAUGUGUAAUUAGAAAUAUUUGUAUGAACUUUACCUAAGUAUUAUGAUGUGCUUGUACAUACAGCUGGGUUGUAUUCAAUAUCCAUCUUAAGUUAAUUUUAUGUUCACAUAUAUCAUUGACUUUAUUCACUGUAUAUGUCUGUUAAUAACACGUUAUCCGAUUAGCUACACCGUUCCAAUAUCCAUUUAAGAACACUACUGAAUACAAGCCAGGCAGGUGAGCUGCAGUGUGUACACAUCAUGCGAAUAUUAAGUAUCCAUUAUAAUAAUAUUUUAAUGAUCAUCACCUGUGUUACUUAGUGUUUACGUUUUAACGGAACCAUAAACUGACAAUACCAAUUCAACUUUUAUUCAGUUUCAGUUUCAGUCUUUUAUAACUUGGUGUUCGAAAUGAUUGUAUUUUCAAUAAGAUGGCAGUACAUUUUUAAUCCUCCGUAUCAUCAUUGUGGUCACUCACUACCGGUAAAUUUAACCAGAGGCUGGGUCAGUAUACCACGAUUGAUCUCAAACACUACGUAAUGGUUAAAUACUCUCUGUAUGUACUUGCAAAAUUAACUGAUUUGAUAAGAGGCAGUCGCAUUACCAUUUAGGUUUUGUAAGUAUAACUUAGCAGUAUGUUUUUAGUGGUUUACAUGAUGUUGUGUAAUUAACCACUUAUUGCCAAGCCACUGUUUACAUCAUUAAAAUCACUAACGGCUGACUGCUAAUUUACUGAAAUAAGUUGAGUAAUACUUCCAUCUCAUUGGACAAAAUAGUGUGUUGAACACUAAAAAAUGUAUCGCAUUAAAGCAUUUAUUUGAUAAAUACAUAAUUAACCCUAAGAACUAUGGUUCAGGGGGCCAUUUCAUGACGAUUUCUAGGAGCGGUAUCGAAUCUAGCAGAUAACUUAAAAUUAGUGCUGCAAUGUUUUCAAAACAAAGAACGAAACUGAUGAAUACUGUUUUUUUGAACUUAAAACCCUUCUUUCUUUACAAAAAAAUGGACUCUACGUCAGACUUAACUGACAAGUGUUUCAUUAUCCUGCAACAGGAAAAAAUAUGGUGCACUGGCAGAAAGCCGAAUAAAAACCUUACCUCAUCAUUUAGAUUCGAAGUAUAACUGUUCAUUCUUACUUUGUAUAUUUGACCUCCUCGAAAUCCAUUUACAGUUCUAGUACUGUCUGAAUAACUUUACUGUAAUAAACUUUAAUCUAU